AUAUCAAUAUUUUUCAACAAUUUUGUUUUUAUAUUUAGAAAUUGAUACAUUGUAUUUCCAAUUACACGAGUAACUAAAAGUUUGUGAAGUAUGUAUUCAUCCGUUAUAGCGGUUUUCUGUUUGUGCGUUAUCACAACAUCAGCAGCGUUUCUUCCACGUGUGAAACAAGAAACCUCAACGAACAAGGGUCUUUCUGACGAAGGAAAGACACUUCUGAGAAAAGCAUCACUACACAUGUUAGCUGAACUCUGUCUUGUAGACAAUCCAGAAUCAACAAUCUAUGAGACAAUAUGUAUGAAGGCAAUGAAAUCUGGAAAUGAACGACAAGUGGAAAAGGACCAGCUCACUCGACAAUGUCUCUCUUGUGCUAUCUCGGACCCAAUUUGUCAAGCAUCAUGUCCGUAUAGAAUGAAAGAGUUGGAACUCGGCAUGCAACAAUCGGACGAUCAACUCACUCGUACAUGUCUCUCUUGUACCAUUUCUGAUCCAAUUUGUCAAGCAUCAUGUCCGUAUAGAAUGAAAGAGUUGGAACUCGGCAUGCAACAAUCGGACGAUCAACUCACUCGUACAUGUCUCUCUUGUACCAUUUCUGAUCCAAUUUGUCAAGCAUCAUGUCCGUAUAGAAUGAAAGAGUUGGAACGCGACCUGCAAAAAUCGGACGAUCAACUCACUCGUCAAUGUCUCUCUUGUGCCAUUUCUGAUCCAAUUUGUCAAGCAUCAUGUCCUUAUAGAAUGAAAGAGUUGGAACGCGACCUGCAAAAAUCGGACGAUCAAGUCACUCGUCAAUGUCUCUCUUGUGCCAUUUCUGAUCCAAUUUGUCAAGCAUCAUGUCCGUAUAGAAUGAAAGAGUUGGAACGCGACUUGCAACAAUCUGACGACCAACUCACUCGCCAGUGUCUCACAUGCGCCAUCGCAGAUCCAGUUUGCCAAUCCGCGUGUCCGUACAGAAUGAAGGAGUUGGAGCGUGACGUUCAAUCUGACGACCAACUCACUCGUCAAUGUCUCUCUUGUGCGAUUGCUGAUCCGAUUUGUCAAGCAUCAUGUCCGUAUAGAAUGACGGAGUUGGAACGAGGCGUACAAUCGGAUGACCAAAUCACUCGUCACUGCCUCUCGUGUGCCAUCUCUGACCCAGUUUGCCAAUCCGCAUGUCCGUACAGAAUGAAGGAAUUGCAACGCAAUGUUGAACAACCUGUCGAUUCGGAUUUGAGAUGCGUGUCAUGCACAAUAGCAGAUCCGAUCUGUAUGUCUGCUUGUCCAUUUAGAAUGGCUGAACUUUUUGAUCUUGCUGGCGAAGAAAAAUAAGAUUCAUAGGAUCGACUACUUGUACUGCCUGAAGACCGAUAUAAUAAAAUUCAAUUCAUCUUUUUUUUUUCUUAUAGUAAUUAUUUAUGUUCCUUUCUAAAAUAUGCUCGUUGGGUAAAAUUAGUACUGAUUUUAUUUCAAAAUAAAUGGUAUAUUUUAUGAAAUUAUUUUGUUAGUCAAUUGCUUCAUAAUGUGCUAUUAUCUUAGAUCUUACAAUAUACUUGUUUCUUCAGUAAUUCAAAUGUAUAGAAUUCACAACCAAUUAACUAUUUGGCCGAUUACCCUGAGCUUCAAACUGGUGUGUAUUCUUCCACCAAAAUUAAGUAUGGUUUCAGAAGUUUAUGGCAAUUAGUGGUCGCCCAAUAUUUUAUCCAAGAACAAAGGUAUUUUGAAUUUUUGUUUCGAGUGAGAGCUUUCAAAAACUUCCUACAAAAAUGCUAAUGAGUGUAUAAAAAUGAGUGUUUUAAUAAGAAAAUUAAUUUUCUCAUCUUCUAUCACAAAAUUUGAAGAAAUUUUGAAAACCUAAAAAACAAAACUCGUUGUGUUACCGGCAAUGUUCACUUUUCUAAAGAAUUAAAUAUGUUUUCAAUUUACUAGUUUAUGUGUUUCUUGUUCAGUUACAUUUAAUUCAAUGUCAAUUAUAAUAAAGACUAUA